GUAAUGUAGGCGUAGGCUUCCGUACAACAGCUGACACUCAAAAAGCAGGAGGACCGUCUGGCUCCGGAGCAAACAGCUCAGAGGAGGCGCUCCGGCGGUGGUGAAGUUGUGAUCCGGUCGGUGGCGAGUUGUGCGCGCACGGAAACCAGAUCCAACAGAGGCGGCGUGGAUCAGCACCGCCGCUGCUGUGGAAGUACAGAGAGGACCAAGCUGCACGACAUGAAACCUGUUUCGAGUGGACGCUUAUAGUUUGAAGAAGAAAAGUCGCUGCUGCUGCUGCUGCCACAGACGAGGCUCCUGUUUUGCUUUUCAAUUGGACGAUUGUCUUCAGGCAGCUGCUCUUUCAAUGUGGGAUACAGUUUUGGUGCUUUCGCCAGGCUGAAAUCCUCCAGGGUCAGGACCUCCCUCAUGGCAGCCGUGCUCCUCGGGCUGCUGCUCUUUGCGAUGCAGUCUCCCCCCAUCCCCUCCAGGCCCGUGGCGGACGAGGGACCACCUACGACUCCGACCCAGUCGCCCACCGACAACGGGACCACCAGCCACCCGAACGGGACCCUGCAGCAACUUCCCCAGAUCAUAAUCAUCGGCGUGAGGAAGGGGGGGACGCGGGCGCUGAUCGAGAUGCUCAGCCUGCACAGCGCGGUGGCGGCGGCUCAGAACGAGGUGCACUUCUUCGACUGGGAGAGUCACUUUCAGAAGGGCUUGCCUUGGUAUCUGAGCCAGAUGCCCUACGCCUUCCCCGAGCAGCUGACGGUGGAGAAGACGCCGGCCUACUUCACCUCCAGCAAGGUCCCCAAACGCAUCCAUCAGAUGAACCCUGACAUCAAGCUGCUGCUCAUCCUCAGAGACCCCACUGAGCGGGUGCUGUCGGACUACACGCAGGUCUUUUACAACCGCCUCCAGAAGCACAAGCGCUACCAGCCCAUCGAGUCGGUUCUGGUGAAGGACGGCGAGAUCAACCUGGGAUACAAGGCGCUCAACCGCAGCCUGUACUAUGUUCACAUGCAGAACUGGCUGAAAUACUUCCCGCUGGAGAGCAUCCACGUGGUGGACGGGGACGAGUUGAUCAGGGACCCGUUCCCGGAGAUGAAAAAGGUGGAGAGGUUCCUGAAGCUGGAACCGCAGAUAAACGCUUCGAACUUUUACUUCAACAAAACGAAGGGAUUCUACUGUUUGAGAGACCACGGGCGAGAGCGCUGUUUACAUGACUCAAAGGGCAGGGCUCACCCUCACGUGGCGCCCGCCAUCCUGCAGAAACUCUACCACUUCUUUCACGAACCCAACCAGAAGUUCUUUGAGCUGGUGGGUCGAACGUUCAGCUGGAAGUGAAGGACGGCGUGGAGUCGCUCAGGGGACGACGACGACCUCCGUGUGUUCCUCAGUUCCUAACAGUGUAGACGAAGAGACGACGCUAAUGUAAAUCUAAAAACUAAAUCUAUUUUUGUACUAGUACGUUUGUUACAGGUUAAUGAUGGAGCCAAAUAUCAGGGCAGACCACAGUUCACGACGUGCUCCGCGAGUGCAUGUCUCGUUUUGUUCUCCUGCAUCGUCAACAUCUGCGUUUUACUGUCCUGUCGCUGCCGAAGCAGACGACUUUGAUAAAGACAUUCAGACUUUAGACCGUGCCAGUUAAUGUGUUACGCACAGAUAAGUACCAGGAAGUUUAAUAUCGUCAUACCUUCAUGUUAUUAACAUCUAACUGCAUUCAGAGGUCUGAAGGACCUUUUUUUUUACCUGCUGCUAUGAUUUUUUUUCCCUCAGUCACUUUCAGGCUCGAGCCGAACUGAACAUGUGUUACUUUCUUUAUGUAAGAGUCGGUUAUAGAAACGCUCCUCUGUGCACAUCAAACGUUCGCCGAUCAUCACGGUUGUACUGUAAAUAAUUUUUUCUCCCCAAAAAAAAGUGAAGAAUUAAUACCAUAAUAAAGACGUAUUUUUAUUUUUA